CUGCGAAUCGUGAUUGUUUCUGUGCACUCACACUACAUGCUCUCAAGAGUCUUUUACAUAAAGCCGAACACCAGGGCCAGAUACAACGCGGUCAAACUCGGUGGGAGGCUGCUAUGUAUUAUAGUCCGCCUUGUUCAAACGUGGUCGGCCACAGUCUUGAGCGUUGCGGUUCUAGGCCAUGAGCUCCAGCACAAGAAGCUAUCCCGAUAUCUUGCCACAGUAAUGGAGAGGAAAACACCUAUGAUUACGGGUAAAAGCAAAGCAGGACUAUCAUCUAUAACUACUAGGUCUUGCGAUACCUAGCUAAGCUAAACAACGCAUAAAACAGCCGGCGCCCACUUCGUUACAGCAGUACGCAUAGCUAUCAGGCUCCAGCGCAGUCCUUAAAUCACCCCCAAAAAAAAGGAUGGAAUUGUAGAGUGAUGAUCUACAAAUGUUGGGAGUUGAGUG